AUGCAGUCCAAUCUCCUCGCUCGUGAAGUGGGCGAUUUUGCCCCUCAGGGCUUCAGCCGCUCCAUAACCUCAGAACUACUACGCUCGUUUGCGCCAGCGCCUCAGCAUCGCUUUAAUGGCGAGAGAGCAGCCAGGACUGAUCCCUCAGGCGUAGAUGAGCGCGCUCACAACAUAAAAGCUCAUGGAGCGGGCGUCAACAGCAUCGCCCUAGAGAAAUUCGACGGCCGGAUCCUUCUAUCGGGCGGUGCCGAGGGCGGCAUCAAGGUGUGGGACCUUGAAGCUGGCGGAAACCCUCAAAAUGUGCACACUUUUCGCCCCGUUAGUAGUAUAGCGAGGUCUGCAAGGGAAGAGAAUUCUCCAGGGCAUAGUCAUGGUAUCACGCAUGUCGCAUUCUACCCCUUUGACCCGGACGCUUUCCUCUCGAGUUCCUAUGACAAGAAGCUGAAGCUAUGGGCCACGCAGCGCUGCGCCCUGUCGGCAACAUUCGACCUGAACGCAACAAUAUACUCACACUCAACAAGUCCAGUCGCAGACCAUCUAAUUGUCGCAUGCGCUACGCAGAACUCGGCAGUCCGGCUGGUGGACUUGAAGUCUGGGUCUGCGAUACAAGCUCUUGUGGCACACGGCGGCCCUGUACUGUCAACAGCAUGGAGUCCGCGCCACGAGCAUAUCCUUGUGAGUGGACAUGCAGAUGGGAAAGCUCGAAUAUGGGAUAUCAGACGUGCUGGUGGCGUCGUCGCAUUGUUGGACCAAGAAGAUUCAUUGGGCAUUGUUCACAAGAUGAAGCAUCUGAAUGCGGCAGGCGUGGACUCGAGCCAGAUCCCACACUUUCGUGCCUCUGCCCAGGCACAUGACGACGCAGUAAAUGGCCUGCAGUGGACAGACGAUGGAAAGUACAUUAUAUCAGCAGGCCUUGACCGCCGCAUUCGCGUAUGGGACGCUGCUACAGGGGCCAACACUCUUGCGAGCUUUGGUUCCUUGAUUCAAAAUCAACACGCAAAGACGGCAAGUAUCUUGGUAACCCCGUCUCAUCUCUCGACCGGUAACAACUUUUUGUUUUGGCCAAAUGAUCAGGAGAUUCUCAUUCUUGAUCUCCAUGACGGCAAUAUUGUAAAACGGCUCCGAAGCCCGGGUGUGACAAACCCCGUAGGGCCACGAGGUAGUGAGAUGGGACGAAAUAGAAUAACAGGCAUAGUUUGGCGUUCAUCCGGGGGGUCAGGACGUCCUGUUGGGUCUGUUAUGGGCGGCGGUAACUCCAUCGGAGCUGUGUACAGUUCUCAUAUGGACGGGCAGAUCCGGGCUUGGGCACCUCAAGUGCCAGGUCCUGAGGAUAUCGCCGAGGAGGAGGAAGUACAAGAGGAUGAAGAAGUGAAACAGCGGAAGAGAAAGGCUGUCGACGAUGCAUACAAGAGUCUCAUGGGGAAAAAGAUUACAUUUACGUAG